CUCUCUGCCUCUGUCGCACACACAUGCACACACACACACACACACACAUAUACAGGUGCUGCUUUUUUUGACGACCUUCAUUCUCACACACACACAUUCAAAACAUACAAACUCAACGGAGGAUAUCAAUUGGUCCACUUUUUUGGUGCUAAGGAACUUAACAUUUUGCCUUCAUGGAGGAUUACCACAAACCUGACCAGCAGACAGUGCAGGCGCUGAGGAACAUCGCCAACCGCCUCCGAAUCAACUCCAUCAAGGCAACAACUGCAGCGGGCAGCGGGCACCCAACAUCAUGCUGCAGUGUGGCAGAAAUCAUGUCAGUGCUUUUCUUCCAUACCAUGAGGUACCGCUACGAUGACCCGCGCAACUUCAACAAUGACCGCUUCAUCCUAUCCAAGGGUCACGCUGCUCCGGCUCUGUACUCCAUGUGGGUUGAAGCUGGCUGCCUGAAGGAGAGCGAGCUGCUCAGUUUGUGCCACGUUGACUCCACCCUGGAGGGCCACCCAACUCCUAAGCAGCAGUUUGUGGAUGUAGCCACUGGCUCCUUGGGACAGGGUCUUGGUGUGGCCUGUGGAAUGGCUUACACUGGGAAAUACUUUGACAAGUCCAGCUAUCGUGUCUACUGCCUGCUGGGUGAUGGUGAGAUGUCGGAGGGGGCUGUCUGGGAGGCCAUGUCAUUCGCCUCCUACUACCAGCUUGACAACCUGGUGGCCAUCAUGGACAUCAACCGUCUGGGCCAAAGUGACCCUGCACCCCUGCAGCAUCAUGUAGAGAAAUACCAGAAACGCUGUGAAGCUUUUGGCUGGCAUGCCAUCAUUGUGGAUGGACACAGCGUGGAGGAGCUUUGCAAGGCCCUGAGCCAGCCACGCCAUCAACCCACUGCCAUCAUUGCAAAAACUAUCAAGGGCAAAGGCAUUCCAGCUGCAGAGGAUAAGUUGGGGUGGCAUGCCAAACCUCUGCCCAAAGACAUGGCUGAGAUGGUUAUAAAAGAUCUGCAGAGCCGCAUCAUGAGCAACAGCAAGCACCUGUACCCUCCUGCUCCCAUAGAGGACUCCCCACCAGUCAGUCUGAGGAACAUCAGGAUGCCAAGCGCACCCAGCUAUAAGGCUGGAGAAAAGAUUGCCACACGAAAGGCAUAUGGGAUGGCGCUGGCCAAGCUAGGUCGCUACAAUGAACGCGUUGUGGCCCUUGACGGGGACACCAACAACCUCACUUUCUCAGAGAUCUUCAAGAAUGAGCAUCCCAACCGCUUUGUGGAGUGCUACAUUGCUCAGCAGAACAUGGUCAGUGUCGCCAUGGGAUGUGCUGCCCGUGAGAGGAACGUUGUAUUUGCCAGCACUCUUGCUUCCUUUUUCACCCGUGCCUAUGACCAGCUCCGCAUGGCAGCCAUCUCAGAAAGCAACAUCAACCUGUGUGGCUCCCACUGUGGCCUGUCCACUGGAGAGGAAGGCCCUUCUCUGAUGGGCCUAGAGGACGUGGCUAUGUUCAGGGCCCUUCCAACAGCUACCAUUUUCUAUCCCAGUGAUGGUGUGUCUACAGAGAAGGCUGUGGAACUGGCUGCAGCCACAAAGGGUGUUUGCUACAUCCGAACCAGCCGCCAAGACAGCGCCAUUAUCUAUAACAGCAACGAGGACUUCCAUGUUGGACAGGCUAAGGUGGUGUACCAGAGCAAAGAUGACCAGGUGACUGUGGUGGCAGCUGGUGUAACUUUGCAUGAGGCCCUGGCUGCAGCUGAACAUUUAAAGAAAGAGCGGAUCUCUGUCAGGGUCAUUGACCCCUUCACAAUCAAACCGCUGGAUGUCAAAACCAUCAUGGACCACACACGAGCCACCAGGGGACGAAUCCUCACUGUGGAAGACCACUAUUAUGAAGGUGGUCUUGGGGAGGCAGUGUCCUCAGCUAUGGUGAAUGAGUCUGGCUUCAGUCUGCACCGUCUGGCUGUGUCACACGUCCCUCGCAGUGGCAAACCUCACGAGCUGCUCAAGAUUUACGGUAUUGACCGUGACGCCAUCGCCCAGGCUGUCCGCAAGAUGCUCAGCAGCUCAACCAAUGCCAAGUAACUUUGUCCCUGCCCCGCCCACCUGUCUGUUCACCUUCCUGGUGAAGACUGUCAGUCAAGUAUGUUUUUGAUUCACAUGACACCCUGAUCUUUAAAUUCCUUCACUGUGAAUGUCCCCAAGUGUGUACUAAAGUAAUGUGAUUUUGUGCCGUACACUUUGAAGUAGAAUUCCACAUUUAGCUUUCUUUCAUGCAUCCAUCACAUCACACUCAAGGACAGAUACACUAAUUCAAACUCGCAUAUCCUAUUAUCUAAACUCAUUGUUCUGUAAACAAAGUAAAUGACUUUGUUGUUGGUGGAUGCUCACCAAAACAAUACAUUAUUACAUGUUCAACAUGAGUACUAUGUGGUACUCUCAUGUGUUUUUUAAAUGCUCUUUGAUUAACUUCAUUCCACUGGAAAUUUCUUUAUUUUAUUCUCUUGAUAAACUGGGUGGGGCAUAUUUUUAAGUAAGUGUUUAUCCUGACAAC